CAGCUCCAGCAGUGCCUGGAGUCAGAGAAGAGGAGUUAGGAGCGCCCAGAACCAGUUCGGGGAGCUGAGGGAGAGAGGAGGGUGGGGGAUCGCCCUGGGAAGAACCAGAGACUCCACGUGGGUGUCUGAGUUCAGAGACUUAGGGCAGGUGUGAGCACAGGGCAGUGUGCCCAACUGAGAAAGGCAGCUCCCGGGGACUCUGACCGUCUGUCUUCCCUAGAGAAGCCUGUAAAGGCUGGUGCUCUGUGUUCCUGGGGUCAGGAAAGCCCUGCAGGAAAUGAGUAGCAGGCCCGAGGCGUCUUGGGAGGUGGCUAGGGCUGCCCCUGUCUUUGCUGGAGCCGGAGCCGGAACCGGCUCCAACUGAGGACCUCUCCAGGGGACUCACCCACAGUUUUUCCUUCCUGGCAUCUGGGAGGACAGGCACGAUGACCCACCGCCCGUCGCUGGAGCUGUGGCAGUCCAAGGCCGUGUCCAUGCGUGAGCGGCUGGGCAUCGGGGAUCAGCCCAACGACUCCUACUGCUACAACUCGGCCAAAAACAGCACCGUGCUCCAGGGCAUCACCUUCGGGGGCAUCCCCACCGUCCUGCUCAUCGACGUCAGCUGCUUCCUGUGUUUAAUAUUCGUGUUUUCCAUCAUAAGAAGGAAAUUCUGGGAUUAUGGCCGUAUUGCCCUGGUGUCAGAAGCAGACAGUGAGUCCAGAUUCCAGAGAUUGUCAUCGUCUUCCUCUUUCGGGCAACAAGAUUUUGAAAGCGAGCUGGGAUGCUGCCCCUGGCUGACUGCUAUCUUCCGCCUGCACGAUGACCAGAUCCUGGAGUGGUGUGGGGAGGACGCCAUCCACUACCUGUCCUUCCAGAGACACAUCAUCUUCCUGCUGGUGGUGGUCAGCUGCUUGUCCCUGUGCGUCAUCCUGCCUGUCAACCUCUCGGGUGACUUGCUGGAUAAAGACCCUUACAGUUUUGGGAGGACCACAAUAGCAAACCUGCAGACAGACAAUGACCUCCUCUGGCUGCACACCAUCUUCGCUGUCCUUUACCUCAUCCUCACCGUGGGCUUCAUGCGGCAUCACACCCAGUCCAUCCUGUACAAGGAGGAGAGCCUGGUGCGGCGGACCCUGUUCAUCACGGGCUUUCCCAAGGACACCAAAAAGGAGGCUGUGGAGAGCCACUUCCGGGACGCAUAUCCCACAUGUGAGGUGGUGGAUGUCCAGCUGUGCUACAACGUGGCCAGGCUGAUGUACCUGUGCAAGGAGAGGAAGAAGGCUGAGAAGAGCCUGACCUAUUACACCAACCUGCAGGCGAAGACAGGCCAGUGGACCCUUAUCAACCCCAAGACCUGCGGCCAGUUCUGUUGCUGUGAAGUGCCGGGCUGUGAGUGGGAGGACGCCAUCUCCUACUACACGCGCUUGAAGGACAGGCUGAUGGAGAGGAUCGCGGAGGAGGAAUGCCGUGUCCAGGAGCAGCCCCUGGGGAUGGCCUUCGUCACCUUCCAGGAGAAGUCCAUGGCCAUCUACAUCCUGAAAGACUUCAAUGCCUGCAAGUGUCAGAGCUUGCGGUGCAAAGGGGAGCCCCAGCCAUCUUCCUGCAGCAAAGAGCUCUGCACUUCCAAAUGGACAGUGACUUUUGCCACCUACCCUGAGGACAUCUGCUGGAAGAACCUCUCCAUCCAGGGCUUCCGCUGGUGGUUCCAGUGGCUGGGCAUCAACUUCACUCUCUUCGUGGGACUGUUUUUCCUGACCACGCCCUCCAUCAUCCUGUCCACCAUAGACAAGUUCAAUGUCACCAAACCCAUCCAUGAGCUGAACGACCCAGUAAUCAGCCAGUUCUUCCCCACCCUCUUGCUGUGGUCCUUCUCUGCUCUGCUCCCCACCAUCGUGUACUACUCUACACUGCUGGAGUCUCACUGGACCAAGUCCGGAGAAAACCGCAUCAUGAUGUCAAAGGUCUACAUAUUCUUAAUCUUCAUGGUGCUAAUCCUGCCCUCCCUGGGCCUCACCAGUCUGGAUUUUUUCUUCCGGUGGCUCUUUGACAAAACUUCCUCAGAAGCCUCCAUCAGGCUGGAGUGUGUCUUCCUGCCUGACCAGGGAGCCUUCUUUGUGAACUACGUCAUCGCCUCGGCCUUCAUCGGCAAUGGCAUGGAGCUGCUGCGGCUGCCGGGCCUGAUCCUCUACACCUUCCGCAUGAUCAUGGCCAAGACCGCGGCCGACCGCAGGAACAUCAAGCAGAACCAGGCCUUCCAGUUUGAGUUUGGAGCCAUGUACGCGUGGAUGCUGUGUGUCUUCACUGUCAUCGUGGCCUACAGCAUCACCUGCCCCAUCAUUGCGCCGUUCGGCCUCAUCUACAUCCUGCUCAAACACAUGGUGGACCGACACAACCUCUACUUUGCCUACCUCCCGGCCAAGCUGGAGAAGAGGAUCCACUUGGCGGCUGUGAACCAGGCCUUGGCCGCCCCCAUCUUGUGUCUCUUCUGGCUCUAUUUCUUCUCCUUCUUGCGUCUGGGUCUGAAGGCCCCCCUCACUGUGUUCACCUUCCUGGUCGUGCUGCUCACCAUCCUGGUCUGCCUGGCCUACACCUGCUUUGGAUGCUUCAAGCACCUGAGCCCUCACAACUACAAGACAGAAGACUCAGGGGACAAAGGAAGUGAGGCAGAAGCCCCCAGGCCAGCACCCUUCACGCCCUAUGUGCCCCGGAUUCUGAAUGGCUUGUCCUCGGAGAGAACAGCCCUGUCCCCACAGCAGCAGCAGACCUACGGCGCCAUCCACAGCAUCAGCGGGACUGUCCCAGGGCAGUGCCCGGCCCAGGGCCCUGGGGACAGUGACAGCGAGCCGCCUGUCUACCAGGAGGCCUGAGGGCGGCCAGGCCAGGCUCCGAGCCGGGAGAGGAGACCCAGGUGGGAAAGCAGCCAAGCCCAGGAUUACGUUCCACCUGUUUUAAGCACAACUGCUCCCCAAGGAUGGAAUUGGAAAGGUGCUCCUGCCCUUGGCUGAGGAAGAUAGGCUGGGACUCCCAUGGGGUGGUGAGCAGCGGCCUUCCCGGCCACAGCAGCAAGGAGGGGGUCAUGCAGCCCUGUCCUCCGACCUGCUUGCCAGAGGCCUGCUCCCUUCUAUGUCUCCCUCCUGCACAAACGUCCAGUUCUGUGGCUGGGACAACUUCCCUGGGGAUUUUUAGCAAAAUCACGUGUUGGAAUUACACCCGUAGCCCCAGCUGCUGUGGUGACCAGAUCAGGUACGAGGGAGAAUGGAGCAGUGGAGGGGCCCCCCUUGGAGGCCCCAGACGCUGCCCACCCAGCUCCAGGCACACACUCAACUAGCUGAUAACCAAAGAGCCUGCGGUGGAGCCAGGCUGGAGAUGGGGUCCAGAUGAUGGUCAGGGUCCAUUCCAGCCCUCCUCUGCCGAUCCCGGGCACCCACUGUGGGAACAGGAAGGUGAUGGGCCCGUCUGGGGGGCCCCACACCCCUCCUGGCUGCACGCGGCCCUCCAUGCCUACCUGGUGGCUCCUUUUGUAUCAUGUUGCCAGUGACACUGGCUGGAUCAGGGUCACCCUGUGGCAGGUAGGGACAAUGAGGACCACUAAUGAAGUGCCUAACCAGCCAGACUGGUGAGAUCCACCCUCUCUUGCCUCUGCAGGGCUGCAUAUGCCUGCUCCCUCCAAGGUUGGGGUGGCCUCCUAGAGCAGAGCCAGGGGAACAGGUCAGGAAAGGGGGAGAAAGAGGGGGUAUCUGUGCCUAGCUGGGCCAUGUACCACCCUUAGGCUGUGACCCCAGCUGGAAGGGCAGGUGGCCCCUUCCUUUCUUUUCCUGCAAGGAUGGGGACUGGGAUGCAGUUCUGGGCAUUUGCAGGAAAAGCAGCCUCCUGCUGCCUCCAGGGAAUGCCAGAGGCACAGGUAGCAGUGCGUGUGGGGGGCCCACCCUGUAGGGACCCAGUGGUGUGUGGUUCAGGGCCCUGCGAUCCCGCCCCAGUGUCGCCCAGCCUCAGGCCCUGCUCCAUGCUCUGAGGUGCCCAGGACACCGGGAGGGGGUACAGUGGCAUCUUGGUGCUCUGUGGGCCUGUCUUGCCCUUCUAGGAAAGGGUUGGGCAGGGCGGCCCCCUCCUCAACCCAGACUGCAGACCUGUCAGCUCCACUGGGAGGGGGACCCCACGUGGGCUUGUGGCAUGCAUAUGUCACCUGGUCCCAGCCACUUUUAGGAAUAAAAUCAUUUAUCAUUA